AUGUCUCAACAUGGCCGGCGAGGCUCAUUGCCUGUGCUCACUCCUACUCGGGGCUUCGACGUGGACCCGUUCGCGCUGUCCCAUUAUUACCAGUACUGGCACCCCAUUUUCCCUAUUUUGCCCAAUUGUCCGAACUCUUUGCAUCAACUACUCGCAUUGGCGCCUGCUAUUGCGCCUUGGCUCAUUGCUGCUAUCAAUGGACAGUUGUGCGCUAUGCCUAUCGAUCCCCAGCAGUGUGUCAAUGACACCCAGAGGGCAAUCCAGUUGAUGGCUCUUAUGCUUAUCUAUUUGCGCACUCUCGACUACACGUGGCUAGGAGCGGUCGUCGCCAACGCAAUAGCAAUCAAGCAGAACGGCGGCGGCCACGGUGCUCGUCUAUAUUAUAUUGCUCUUGUGUUCGACCGUCUGCACUCGCUCACCCACCACUACCCUCAGCUUAUCCGUGACGACGGCGCCAGCACCAGCCCGAAAACGGUAACGGAACCUAUGCAGCGAGAGCUCAAACUGCUCGAGCUCGCCAAUAAGGAGUGCUAUACGCCGCCGCCCGAGCCCUACGAGCCGGCUAUGGCAGCCUUUUGGUGGCUCGGAAACCUCGACGGCUCGCCGUCCGCCAAAACAGAGCUCUCUCGCUUGUUGCCAGCUCUACUGGAGACCCCAGUGGCUGGCUUUGUACGCAAAGCUCUUUCAUAG